AUUUUUUAUUAUAUAUUAAUUAUUAAAUAUUAAUAAUUACGAAAGAUCGCAAAAAGAAAAAGUUAUCCCACUAACAACUGCUUCGAUUGCAUAAACCAACAGUUAUUUAUAUAUAGUUACAUUUAUAGUUACCUAAUUACCAUAAUUUUACCAAAUACAAUAAAUUAUUUAAUUAUAAUUAAUGAUGAUGUCAUCGUCCUUCGAGCGAUUGCGCAUGUCAAAAGAGGAAUGCGAGGAGUUCGUUACAAGUCUCAAGGGACUGGAAGCCACAAUGAGAGAUCAUUUGAAAGCACUGGCGUCAUGUGUUUCUGCGGCCAAAAAAGAAGCUCCUCCCACCGGCCAAUCAGCUGCCAGUGCGAAAGGAAGUCAACCACUAACGAGCAAACCUAGUGACCCAUUUUUGUCGAAGGUACACGGCAAUGAACUGGGCAAUGGAAUCAACAGCAGUGUCACAAGGAAAGAAAAGGUUACGAUUUACGUUAAAACGGUUUUCUUGAAAGUUGGCGAAAUUGAUACCCUGAGGGAUCGAUUUGCUGCCGAUGCAUUUGUGCAAGCUAAGUGGCGGGAACCUGCGCUUGACGGGAAACAAAAUCUGCCAACAAGUGAGAUCGACUGGAGCAACUACUGGUCUCCGAAACUCUCCAUCGACAACGUGUUCGGCGACCCGAAGGAGACAGUUUGGCACACGGUGUUGUUCGACAGCCGAGGCACCGCCAUGAUAUGUCAGAAGAGGAGGGUGAACGGUUCCUUUCUCGAGUACAUGGAGUUGAAUCAAUUUCCGUUUGAUACGCAGGACUUGACCGUAUCGUUGACGACGGAUCUGAGUGACAAGGAGGUGGAGUUCGUGGAAGACCCCAACGACAGAUGUGCCCUCAACGUGGAAUCCUUUGUGGACGAGCAGGAAUGGAAGCUCCAUAAGAUGAUCCACACGUGGACACGGACGAGAGAGGAGGCCUUCAAAUCCAUCCAAUGUCUCCAUCCUGUCUUCUCAGCUGCAUGCAAAGCCUCUAGAAGACCAGAGUUCUUCAUCUGGAACAUUCUCAUCGUCAUGUUCCUGAUCUGUUCACUGUCCUUCGCCACGUUUGCAGUGGGUGUGGGGCUGCCACAGAACAGACUGCAGCUUUCAUUCAUCCUGCUGCUGACCACAGUCUCAUUCAAAUUCGUCGUCAAUCAAUCUCUGCCUAUGAUCUCAUACCUAACUUACCUUGACAAGUACAUACUGAGUUCCAUGGCCAUAUUGUGUUGCAUCUGCGUGUGGCACGCCGUCGUCACAGCCAUACAGAACAGCAUCAACGAAACGACCGCUAUUUCCGCCGACAGGGCCAAAGAAAAUUUGCAGCUCAUCAGAGAAAAGGAGAACAAUAGCAAGGACCAGUUUGGAGUAAAGUGUGAAAAAUGCCACCUGGAUCGGACCGCCCCGUCCCUUUGCACCAGCAACUACGCUACUGGGUCAAAUCAGUUUGAUGACUGUGGAAUUGAUGGGGGUUCAAUCCAGGUGGGUAUGGACCCGAUGGCAAACCAGGGGCACGGAACUAUCCCUGAGAUAUACUUGUCGGACAUUGACACGAGGACGAUAAAGAACAACAUGACGGACCCCAAUCAGACCACCCUGACAACGUACAACUGACCAACUGGACUCAAAUAUCCGCGCCCAUGAAAUAAGAUGCACUGUGAUAUUAAACAAAUAAUUAAUCAAUCAAUUAAUCAAUCAAUUAACUAAUCAAUCAAUCGAUCAGUUGGUCAAUCAAUUAAUUGGUCACACACAACUAUCGUGAAAUUUUAAAAUUUAUUAAUAAUUUUAUUAUUAUUGAAUAAUAUUUUAGUUAAAAAGUUAGUUACGUGAUAGAUAAUCUAUUCAAUAUGUAAGAACAAGUUCUUCAAUUAAACGAUUUCAAAUGCCAAUCUUCAUUAGAUUCUUUUUUAUUUUUCAAUAAUAAUUGUUAACUAUAAAUCCAUAUAACAUAGUUAGACCUCGACGUUUUGAACGUUUUUACAAGGUAAGUGUCUUUUUCGCAUUAGUUUCAUGUUUAAAUGUCAGUGACCUUCAAUGGAAAUGUAACAAAAUCCAACUUUACCUACUUUUGAAUCAUUUUCAAUUUAUUUUUCAAUCCUUUGUUGAUUUUGUUGUGUAAAUAUUUCAAAAGCUUUGAACAUUUUUAAACAUUCUUAAUAUUUUUAA